GAACAAACACUGCCCAAACAGUGCAAUGUGGAGGAAAUUAUUAUCAGGGUGUGGUGUGCUGAAGCAGCAGCUAUGUCGGCGCUACUCGACGGCCACCGCCACCUCCGCUGUGAACUCGAUGCUCCUCCGCUCCCUGAAAGAGCACUAUCUGCAAGUGUCGAAAAUGAUCCCUCCCCCUAAAGUGAGCCCUCCCUCACCCUUCACCGUCGUCAAGGGCGCCCUCGACGGCGACGGCACCGGUCCCGUCCUCAAGCGCUCCUACGGCGAUGAUGAUGAGGAAAUCAUCUUAUCUGUCAUGCGAAUGGAUAAUAUCAUUCCCGGCGGAGACGGCGACGGCUACGACAGCAACCAGUUGUUCCUGCACGUCGUCGUUUCCAAGCCCGCUGAGAAGGAGUCUCUGCUUUUCCUAUGUGCUCUGUUUCCUGACGCCUUGGGGAUUCACUCUGUCGCCAUCAGACCUUCCGGUGAAGCCUUUUCUUCCUCAGCUCUUCGUUCCUCUGCGCUUCGUUUUACCGGCCCUCGUUUUCAAGAGCUUGAUGAAGGGAUGAAGGAUGCAUUCCACAGUUACAUUGAAGAGCGGGGUGUGGGCGAUAGUCUUUUUCCAUUUCUUCAAGCAUGGCUUUACGUAAAAGACCACCGAAAUCUCGUGCGCUGGUUUAAGUUAGUAGGAUCAUUCGUCAAAGAAACCAAGUCAGUGUAAGAUUCUUAGCCUCUGGUCAUUUAGAGAAAACAUGUCAUUAGCUGUUCCAAUGCUAAGUUUCCUUCAACACUAGUUUGUCCUAGUGAGGUUGGUAAGCAGAAGAUCUUUGGCUUUCAGAUCUCUUUUGAGUUAUGUGUUACAUUUCUUAAGGUAGCAUCAAAUGUUUUCUUGUCCUGUGGUUUGCUUCGUAUGUAUUACAUGCCAUCAGUGGAUCUGUAUUCUGCGAUAGAUGCCAUCGAAUUGUUUGAUUUGUUUUCUGAUGAUAUUGCGAGGAUGGACCCUGCAUAGAGUUAAUUCUGUUC